AUGGAUGAAGACCAAGAAGCACCGCCGCUGCUAGUGGCAGCAGAUGGUACUAAUGCCGCAGAACAGUCUCUCAGUAGUGAGAUGGGCGACGUUAAGAUCACCAAAGUCCCAAUCACCAUCAUCACAGGUAGGAAUCGUCCACAUACACACGUCCACACGCGGCUUUCAACGUAGAAUUCCACACACUCUCAUCAUCUCACAGUCCGCAUAUCCCACGAAAUUCAAUUGGCACUUCGACUAACGACCAUCAAAAGGCUACCUCGGAGCAGGCAAGACCACCCUCCUGAACUACAUCCUCACAGCCCGCCACGGCAAGAAAAUCGCUGUAAUCCUAAACGGUACGAAAAAAGACCCGCCAUCUCACUCCAAGAUGAUGAAAAAGCGUCCUCUAAACCCUUUCUCUCUCUCUCUCAUCUCCAGAAUUCGGCUCUUCCUCCAAUAUUGAGAAAUCCCUCACCGUCUCCCAAAACAACGAAUCCGUCGAGCAAUGGCUCGAACUCUCCAACGGCUGCAUCUGCUGCUCCGUCAAAGACCAGGGAGUCAACGCCAUCGAAUCCCUCAUGGAUCGCCAGGGGACUUUCGAUUACAUCCUUCUGGAAACCACGGGACUCGCGGACCCCGGGAACAUCGCACCGAUCUUCUGGGUCGAUGAAGGGCUCGGGUCCACCAUAUAUCUCGAUGGAAUCGUGACGCUGGUGGAUGCGAAAAACGUUCUGAAAUCUCUCGAUGAACCCGUGGAGGAGGAGGCGGUGGAUCAUGGUCAUGGAUCGCAAGUUCUAUCAAUCGCACACUUACAAAUCUCCCACGCGGAUAUCCUUCUCUUGAAUAAAUCCGACCUCGUCAACGAAGCAGAACUCGGAGAAAUCGAACGUCGAAUUCGAAGUAUCAAUGCUCUCGCGAAAUUGGAAAUCACUUCUCACAGUCAAGUCCCACAACUUGAAGGUCUGAUUUUAGAUCUCCACGCUUACGACGAUGUUUCGGCGGAAACGCUCGACUUCGCCAGCAAAGGGCACAGCCAUUUGGAUCCUUCUAUUGGAACGAUGAUGCUCGAAGUACCAGUCCUACACGCAGAGACAGGGUUGCAGAGACUCGACGAAUGGCUUCGGUCGGUACUGUGGGACAACACUCUCGCCGAAGCGACAGAAUUCAAAGGAUGGGAAAUACACCGAAUCAAAGGCCGGAUACCAUUGGGGGACGGAAAAGUGAAAAUGCUACAGGGCGUACGGGAGAUUUUUGAAUUGAUAGACGGAGUGGGCGACGGGAGCAAUGAGGCCGAGCAAGAAAGCGGGAAAAUCGUCAUCAUUGGACGCAAUAUCGGGAAUGAGAACAGUAGGAAUACGUUCCAGAAAAGUCUAUUGAAGACGAUAUCGCGGUGA